AUGUGGAGACACACCAAGAGUAACCAUAGCCAGGGAUUGGCCAUCCGGACGCCCCUAGAGACUUACCUGCCUGCACAAGCACUCGCAAACCCCGGCGGCAGACGCAGAGCUCAGAGCCCUGGGGUAGCCCGCAUCAAGCGGCAAUGCCGCCAACGGAAGAAGGCAGUAUACAAACGGUCAAUGCAGAACGGCACCCACAAAUUAGGCGGGAGACCCCCCAACCAGACGGCAAUACGCAACGGAAGGUUAAAUGCCCCCCACAGUCUGACAUACCAUCAAGGCACUCACUUAUUGGGACUUGCAUCACAGAGCUGGUUACUUAGCUCCACUAGAUGGGACUUUGACUUGCCCCUGAAAGGCAUCGGCUAA